AUGGAGAAAUCCUCCACCCUGAAAUCAUCUGCCCCAACCAUGGAAAAGCACGAGGUGGUGGUGGACUUGGUGGAGGAUUGGGAGGUGGAGUUGGCGGUGGACUGGGAGGAGGAGCCGGGGGUAGACUUGAUGGAGGAGCAGGAUCAGGAGGGCGGUGCCGAGGAAGACAUUGCCUUGCUUAAGUUCUAUGGGUGGGACUUGCCUCGAGUGUGCUCGGAUACUUUGCAUUUGAUCAUGCUUUUGAAGAAAGGUGCUGAGAAGGGUUUGGAUUAUGUGCCGCAACAUUAUGUGCAGAAAAAUCGUGAAGCACUGAGGAAUCCAUGCUCAUAUGAGCAUUAG